GGAAGUGUUUGUCCAGCAGUUCGUAUGUCGGCAGAUUUCUGAUCAGGUAGAAACUGCUGAAACUGUUUAACACAGCAUCCAGGUGACAGGGGGCGGCGCAACACUCAGGCAGCAGCACAGACACCUGCACAGGCAACACUGAGCUGCAGUUCGCCAAAAGUGCCUCGUCUCUCGCCGUAGUCACGUGAUCAGAACCGGAAGUGAAGAUUGCACGCUUCUGUGUGAGGAAGAGAAUCUCCCGUGACACCACCUGGAUCAGUUUGGACCGGGUUCAAGACUGGUUCUAGUUCUGGUUUUGGUUUUGGUGUUGUGGUCGGCUGUGCUGGUGUGUGACGCCAUGUCGGUGGUGGCCACCGUACCUGGACAGUUUGAUGACGCAGAGGAGGACAGCAACCAAUCAGAGCUGUCGACUGUGCAGACACAGAUGAGUGAUGUCACAGUGCAGACUUCAUCGGAGGAUGAGGAGGAGGUGGACGAGGAUGAUGAAGAGUGGGCGUGGUGUUCAGCAGGAGGAGAUCUAACUAAACGGUACAACAGGACGAGUUUCAGCUCUCAGUCCAACAGACAGAGUCCGUCCAAUAAAACUUUGCCAUCAACCCCGUCUGAUAAAGCUCUGAGGAAAUAUGAACACAAGAUCAGCCUGGAUAAACUGAAUUAUGCUGACUCUGUGAUCAAUAAAGUGACAACGAUGCAGAAACAGAAAGAAGCCGACACGUACAGAGUGAAGGACAAAUCAGAUCGAGCCACAGUCGAACAGGUCUUAGAUCCACGAACUCGAAUGAUUCUCUUUAAGAUGUUGAGUCGAGGAGUCAUCUGUGAAAUAAACGGCUGCAUCAGUACGGGGAAGGAGGCCAAUGUUUAUCAUGCCAGCACAUCCACUGGAGACGGCAGGGCCAUCAAGAUCUACAAGACCUCCAUCCUGCUCUUCAAAGACAGAGACAAAUACGUCAGCGGAGAGUUCAGGUUCCGUCAUGGUUACUGUAAAGGAAACCCUAGGAAGAUGGUUAGAACCUGGGCUGAGAAGGAGAUGAGGAACCUCAUCAGGCUGCAGACGGCAGGAAUCCCAAGUCCAGAACCUCUUCUGCUCAGAAGUCAUGUUCUGCUGAUGAGUUUCAUCGGAAAAGAUAACAUACCAGCUCCUCUGCUGAAGAAUGCCUUGUUGUCGGAGUUGAAGGCUCGUGAGCUCUAUCUGCAGGUCCUACAGAACAUGAGAAAGAUGUUCCAGGAGGCUCGACUUGUCCACGCAGACCUCAGCGAGUUCAACAUGCUAUAUCACAAUGGAGACGCUUACAUCAUCGACGUGUCUCAGUCGGUGGAACAUGACCAUCCUCAUGCUCUCGAGUUCCUCAGGAAGGACUGCAGCAACGUCAACGAAUUCUUUGUGAAGCAUGGCGUAGCAGUGAUGACGGUCCGAGAGCUGUUUGACUUCAUCACUGACCCAUCAAUCACCAGCCACAACAUGGACCAGUACCUGGAGAAGGCGAUGGUGAUUUCAGCUCAGCGGACGUUACAGCAACGGUCAGAUCAGGACCGAGUGGAUGAAGAGGUGUUUAAAAAGGCCUACAUUCCCCGCACUCUGACUGAGGUGAGCCACUACGAGCGAGACGUUGACCUGAUGAAGGCCAAGGAGGAGGAGUCGGCCAUCAGCGGACACAACGACAAUGUUCUGUAUCAGACGCUGACUGGACUGAAGAAGGACCUGUCUGGAGUUCAGACGGUUCCUGCUCUCCUGGAGGAUGACCAGUCUUCAUCCUCAGAGGAGGAGGAGGAGGAGGAGGAGGAGGAGGAGGAGGGGGAGGGCGAAGGGCAACACCAGCAGAGUCAGCGAGAGGAAGCCUCCACUGACAAAAAGGAGAAGAAGAAGAUGGUAAAAGAAGCCCAGAGAGAAAAAAGAAAAAACAAAGUACCAAAACAUGUGAAGAAGAGAAAAGAGAAAAUGUCCAAGAUGAAGAAAGGAAGAUGAUGACUUCCCGUUUGUUGUUGUGGACUUCCUGUAUAACAUGAAACCCGACUGAACAGAGAGCAGCUCUGUUUGACAGUUUGACAAAAAAAAAUUAAUUCAAAGUUGCCUUAGUAGGGUUGUGUUUCCACAAGAUGAAGUUUUAAAUCAAAACCCGCAAAAAUGACUAACAUGCAGUCAACAGGAGGGCACCUGAAGGCAUCACCCAAUUCAGUCUGACUUCAGCUAAUGAUGUUACCUGCACUGCAGGUGUGCAGCUGUACUCUGGCAACACGACAAAGAUGAUCCAGUAAGAUCAGGCAAAACAUCAACAGAUUAGACAGAAUUGUUUAAUAAAACCUUUAAUCAGCACAA